GUAUGUGGCCGAGUCACGUGAUUAUAAUCGUUGUUUCAAAAUAAUUCAAUUUGUAAACAAAUUUACGAAUCGUGCUAGUAUAUGUAAAAAUUAGAUAGUAAUGUAAAAAUUAGAUAAGAAGGUUCGCGUAAGAAGUAUUUGUGUAUAAUUUGUAUUUUCUUAUAAUUAAAAAAUAGCUGAAAGAUCGGUGGCAAUAUAAGAUUACAGUUAAUAAUAUGGAGCAACUAAAGUGGACACCAAUUAAAAAUGGAAAUGGACGUGAACAUUUUUUAACCAGAAGUCCUGUGAUAUAUAGAACUCCUGUAAAGCAAUAUUGUACAAAUGCGAAGCAUAGAGCAUAUAAUCAAAGUAACAUGAAUUCACUUAGAAUGCUUCCAAAUCACAUUACACCACCAUCAGGUUUGACAAAGUUUAUAGCAAGAAAUCCGUUUGAGACUGAUUUAACUAAUAGACUACAUUUAUCUGUGAUUAGUCCAACUGUCUUCAGUAAGGUAUCAGAACAAUCUCAACAAUCGCCAGAUUUUGAAUGGAGCGUAGAUGAGUUGGCGUUAAUACAGCCAGCAAAGAUAGAAGAAUUUCCUGUGCAACAAAUACAUUGCACAGAUCCUGAGACUGAAAUAAAAGCUCAAGCAGCCAUCGAUAGAUUCUUCAAUGAAAAUGAAAUAAUUCCAAGUCCUUGGGAGAUCAAGAAGAAGGAAAUUAGAACAAAAGUAGAAGUGGAUACUUGUGCAAAGGUCAUUGGUGACCUGAAUUCAGAAUCUUCCAAAUCGAAGAAAGAUGGUUGGAGUCAAACAGUAUUAACUUUUCCAUCCGAAUUACCAGCUCAUGUUAUGGAAAUUUUAAAACCUUACUUUACAUUCGUUCAAGAACAAAAUGUCGACAAUGACGACGCGAAUUCUAGUAAUAGUUCCUUAAGACGAAAGUUGUUUUUUAAUUGUGAAGAUUAUGUAGAUAAUGAUGAAGAUUCUACAUCAUCAUCAGUAAACAUAAAUGAGUCUGUAAUAUUAUCUUCCAGUCCUCCACAGAGUGGAAUGUUAAUUCAUGGUUCACCAUUGAAGUAUUCGCCUAGCAAAAAUUGUCAUCACGAUGCAUCAAAAAUAAUCACAGAGGAUUUAUCGCCUCCUACUAUAUCCCCUAUACACAGUACAAUAAAUAGGAUGUCGUGUGAAAGCAUGAGAUCUCAAUCUCGUUCAGUUGCCCGAUUGAAUUUUAGUAUGGAUAUGAGCAUAGAUCAAUUUAGUAUACAACAUAAAGAAUUAUCAAACAAUCAUUCCUUAGAUGAAUCCUCUAUUAAAAUAAACGCAGAUAAGAAAGUAGACAAUUUCUUAAAUCUAGAAAGCAAUUGCACGUGGGUUCAAGGUGAUACCCAAACAGAAAUAAAAGUUCUAGCAAAGAAUUCAACUCACGUUAAGCAUAAUUUUGAGAAUACAACUUCAGAAUCAAAUAUUAAACAUAAUACUGCUACUGAUACAUUUAAACAUUUGACUAAUUCAUACAAGGCGAAUGUGAACGAAUAUUGUAUGUUCCAGCAAAUGAACACAAUAUUAGGUAUUUCUGAUGUACAAAGCGUUUCGAAUUCUGCACAAGACACUGGUUAUCAAACUUACAGUAUGAACAGUGCAACGAACGUUGAUAAUUAUAAUACUCCAGUAAAGCAAAAAGCUUAUUGGGAGGAUCGAAUUUUAAUGACUAAUGGUGAAUUUUGUUUGCCUGAUUGGAAAGAGAAUAUAAAGAAUAUAUUUAGUUCUACUCCAUCACGGUCGAAUAGAGAUAAUAUAGGAUAGAUAAAUUUCUUUUAUAUAAAAAAAAUGUGUAUAAUCCAAGAAUGUCUUUCAUUUUUGGAAAUGAAAUUAAUAAUAAAUAAUUUGCUCAAACGCUUAGAAAAAAAUUUAAAGCAUAAUUUUCUAUCUAUAAUUAAAAACAAUAUUAUUUAUAUUUUUCAUACUUACGAUUUUAUCUCAAUACGUCAAUAUGUUUUGUUUCUUGAUUAAAGUUUAUAACAUAUAGAUUUUAAUAUAUAUAUAUAUAUACACAGUACAAUUAUUAAUUUUUCACGGAUUCAUAUCGUUUACAAUAUAUUUCAU